AUGUAUCUAGACGAAUUCAAAACAUGGGAUGAACGAGAUGCCGAAAGACCAUUGAAACCAACUCUUAGUGGUGACUAUCAUGAUCAUACUACAACAACAACUGUAACAGAUGGACGUCCAUCAACAUUACCAUCAGGUAAAAAACGUCCAUCACAAGAAAUUGAUUCAGGUUUAAAACAACAACAAAGACGAUCAGAGUCAAUUUCAAGACAACAAGUUGUUAAAGAAGGUUUAUUAACGAGAAAACAUGAAUGGGAAGCACAUGAAAGAAAAGCACAACAUCGAGCGUGGGAAAAAUUAUAUUGUGUAUUGACAGGCUCUCGUUUACAAUUUUAUAAAGAUCAAAAACAUUAUAAAACGUCUCGCACAUACAGUGAUGAUUUACUAUUUGACAAUUUGACAAAUGUUUUACCAGCAACAGAUUAUCGUAAAAAAACGAAUGUAUUUCGUGUACGUUUAGCGGGUGGUAAUGAAUAUUUGUUUCAUGCUAAAGACGAUUUAGAAAUGAAUGAGUGGAUUCAAGCUAUCAAUACGUGUAUACCUUCCACAUCCACUUCCCACAUAAUCGCUCAAAUUCCAUUAAUUGCUGUUACAUCUUCGUCUUCACCUCGUCAUCAACCUCCAACAAUAAUGACAUCAAGUACAUCGGGCGUAGAAAUAACAUCCACUCAAUCACCACCAACAGCUAUAGAACAAAAAUCACGAACAUUACCCACAGAAUCUCAGCCAAUAUCCUCGUCGACAACUACGGGAACGACAACAUCAACAAGUGGCAAAAAGAAAUCAGGUGGAUUUUUUUCAAUGAAGAGAAAAUAA